AUUAACUGUAUUAUUUUCUUAAUCUUUCAUGCAGCUCUGUGCCAGCAGCCCAAAAUCGAUCAACGGAAGACCAUUGAGGAAAUGAGUUUAGAUUAUGAAGAUGAGAAGAAUUCAAUGAUAGCCAUUUCCGAGACAGAUACCAACACAUAUGAUGAUUUUUACGAAGAAAUGGAUAAUCAUUUAAGAGUUGAGCACUCAAUGAACAUGAUAUUCUUUGGACCUCCGAGCUCGUUCUUAAGACUUGACCCAGAAACUAUUUUACAUCUAUUAAUACACACAAAGAAACAUUUAAUACCAAUUACUAGAGCCCUAUUAGCUUGGGAUAUCAUAACAGAUGGAAAAACAGCAGCAUUUUUACAGGGUCGAGAAUUUCUUGCUUUCGGGCUUCUGUUGAAUGUGGUGCCAGAAGAAGAUUUGUACUAUGUAAAUUUCGGAGAGUAUUCAGUUUAUAAAUAUUUCACGAAUCAUUACGUUAAUUUGGAUGAUCGGAAGUUUGGUGUAUUGGUUGCGGCAUACAGAAGAUAUUUCGGCUGCGAUUGGUACAUAAAUGGAACGAGGAUAAAUGAAUUGGGAUAUUUGCUGUGCGGUUUCCCCGAAUAUGAAAUUAGAAAGAUAACGCCCACAAUUUUUAAAAAAUUAAACAUGGAUGUCCUGGGUAGACUCAAACGGUGCAAUGUUAAUCAGAAGAAGGCUCUAUACGAUAUCGCAACUCAUCCGGAUGCCUAUGGAGAACCGUAUAAAUGGUCAUCUCAUGAAAUUAAUCGUCUUAACCAAUUAUUUACAUGUAUCCCAAAAGAACAAAUAAGCGUACUAGAGCUUGAAGCGAUACCGGCAAUCAGCUCGAAAGUAAUGACGCUCUUGGACCAAAAGAAAUUGGAAUAUUUUACCAAACCGCAAAUACUAAGGAUGAAUCCUAAAACAAGACGUGUUUAUAUAUUACGAAUGCAAUUAAGGAGUAGCUUAGAUAUGAGUCAAAUUGCGAGGCAAAGGGUCAAAAGCCUAAAGCCAUGGUUAUUUUGUAACGUGUUAGCACAGCUCAUACAAAUCAUUGUUAUUAAGAGUUUUAUGUAAAUUUUAUUUCAAUAUAUUUAUCAUACAAGUAUCAAAUAAAUUUAUUUUAUAU